AUGUCUUCCGCUUUGGUCGCACCCAAAAUCCCUGAGCAAUGGCGCGCCGCCCUCGACGCGCUGCCAUCCAACCCACCCAAGAUCCCUGCCUUCUUCUUCGCCCAUGGCUCUCCCAUGCUUGUCUUCCCAGAGUCGGGUGGACUCCCCCCUUCCUUCAAUGAGAUGGGACCGAGGGGUUCUCUAGCCAACUUCCUUCGUGACUUUGGCCCAGCUCUGCUUGAAAAGUACAAGCCCAAGGGCAUUGUCAUCUUCAGCGCUCAUUGGGAGACCGAAGGGGAGCGCGUAGUCAGCAACUAUGAAGGCCAGAACCCGCUCUUCAUGGAUUACUAUGGGUUUGGACCCGAGCUAUAUCAGAUCAAGUUCAACUCCCAAGGAGACAGAAGUCUCUCCCAGAGGGUGGUCGAUUCGUUCACAGAGGUAGGAUGUUCCGUUUCUUAUUCUAAGGCGGGCAUGCGUGCACGCCUAUCAUCCCCGAACGAGGUUCGCGGCGAGGAUGGUCGUGGAUUCCCUGGUCACGGCCUAGAUCAUGGCGUGUUUGUGCCCUUCACGUUAAUGUUUGGAGAGACACUCCAGAAGGUUCCAGUGGUGCAGGUAUCCAUUGAAGGCCCCAGCUCGAGAUCCCUUCCUCAGCAAGCGGCAGAAGCAAAUUGGCAGGUGGGCAAAGCCGUAGCAAAGCUGAGGGAAGAGGGAUAUCUCAUCCUUUCUGGAGGACUUACCAUACAUAAUCUGAUGGAUCGUAGGCUGUUUAGCGAGAGUAUGGCGCCCGCCAGCGUCAAGACGUUUAGCGACGCGAUCUACGAGGCCGGCGUUCAAGCUCCCGAGGUUCGCAAGGCUGCUAUGUUAGACCUGGUCAGCUUGAAGGGCUUCCGUGAAGCUCAUCCUAGAGAGGAACACUUCCUUCCCAUAUAUGUUGCUGCGGGCGCAGGCGAGGAUGGGCAGUCUCGUGCGCUUGGGGCAAUGUAUGGUGCACACACAUUCGCUUUCGGACUAUAA